ACAAGUAACCUAACCUUAUAAAAUCCCAUGUUCAGCUAGAGUUGUAUCUCCAUUUUCAUUCUCACAAGGAAACAUUUUCAGUUCUCUCACACCAACCAAGAGAAAAAUGCAGGCUCCAACCCCUCUCACUGGUAAAGAGAAGAUGCUCUGCAACUAUGUGCCCGUCUAUGUGAUGCUUCCUUUGGAUGUUGUGACGGUUGAUAAUGUGCUAAGUGACACAGAGGGAAUUGAGAAGCAGCUCAAGCAAUUGAGAGCAGCAGGCGUGGAUGGAGUGAUGGUGGAUGUAUGGUGGGGGAUCGUUGAGUCCAAGGGCCCUAAGCAAUAUGACUGGAGCGCUUACCGGAGUCUGUUCAGAAUCAUUCAACAAUGUGAGUUGAAAUCUCAAGCUAUAAUGUCAUUCCACCAGUGUGGAGGAAACGUGGGAGAUUUAGUCAACAUUUCUCUUCCUCAAUGGGUCCUUCACAUCGGUGAAUCAGAUCCAGAUAUCUUCUAUACUAACCAGUCUGGUACCAGGAACAAGGAGUAUCUCACCAUUGGCGUGGAUAAUCAAUCCCUCUUUGACGGUUGAACAGCCGUGGAGGUUUAUAGCGACUACAUGAAGAGCUUUAGAAAGAACAUGUCAGAUUUCCUUGAGGCCGGGCUCUUUACAGAUAUUGAAGUGGGACUUGGUCCAAGUGGGGAGCUUAGAUACCCUUCUUACCCACAAAACCAAGGAUGGGUCUUUCCAGGCAUUGGGGAAUUUCAGUGCUAUGACAAAUAUCUCAAAUCAGAAUUCAAGGAGGCUACAAUAGAAGCAGGUCAUCCAGAAUGGAAAUUGUCAGAUAAUGCAGGGACAUAUAAUGACACACCUGAGUCUACAGAAUUCUUUGGAACCAAUGGGACCUAUCUCACUGAGAAAGGGAAAUUCUUCUUAACUUGGUAUUCUAACAUGUUACUAAAGCAUGGAGAUCAGAUCCUUGAUGAAGCCAAUAAAGCUUUCCUAGGGUGUAAACUCAAGUUAGCAGCUAAAGUAGCUGGAAUCCAUUGGUGGUAUAAAGCUGAUAGCCAUGCUGCAGAGCUUACCACUGGUUUCUACAACUUGGGCAGUCGUGAUGGAUACAGGCCCAUAGCCAGGAUGUUAUCUAGGCAUUUUGCAAUUUUGAAUUUCACAUGUAUUGAGAUGAGAGACUCUGAACAAAGUGGCGGAGCUAAAAGUGGCCCUGAGGAACUUGUUCAGCAGGUUUUUAGUGCAGGUUGGAGAGAGAACAUUGAUGUUGCGGGUGAGAAUGCUCUUUCAAGAUAUGAUAGGGAAGCUUAUAAUCAGAUCCUAAAGAAUGCCAGACCAAAUGGGGUCAACAGAGAUGGUCCGCCCAAACUGCGUAUGGCUGCUAUGACCUACCUCCGUCUAUCAGAUGAUCUGCUGCAAGGGAAGAAUUUCAAGAUAUUCAAGACAUUUGUGAGGAAGAUGCAUGCCAACCAGGACUACUGUCCAGACCCAGAGAAGUACUACCAUCCCCUGGUUCCAUUGCAGAGGUCAAAGCCAGAGAUUCCAAUUGAGGAUCUUCUCAAGGCAACAGAUCCAAUGAAGCCAUACCAAUUUGAUAAAGAAACAGAUAUGAGUGUUGGUGAUUCCUUUGCCGAUUGGUUGGACAAUGUGAUAGAUAACAUUUCAUCAAUUUUCCAGUGAUUUAUUAUGCAGUAAAGAAAUUCAAACCCAAGGAGCGCCAUUUGAAAAUGCUACAGAAACUAGACCCGAAGUUGCCUCUACUGUUUCAUGGAUCUACACUAAUAAAAGUUCUUCACUUUACUCUUGUUUCUAGAAUAUAAACUCUUGGUAAUACAAUUAAUCAUCAGCAAUGUUUUAAAACGUGGAGACAAGGCAUUCCACUACCUAGAGGCGUGAGGCAUAGUUCAGAACGCAAGAGGCAUAAGCCUCCUAAGCACAAAGAGGUGUAAGGGGAGGAGA